CGAAAGUCAACUCAUUAAAUUAAUACAAAUUCAGCAUACUGUGGAUAUUACAUCAUCAUGUCUGCAUUCCUUUGGCUUCUGGUUAUUAACUAUAAUGUCUGGAAAUCACUCACCAAAUACCGGCAGAUGGAAACAAAGAUGAAGAAGAUAUAUCAUAUUUUUGUUUGGGGGACAGCGGGGAUAUUACUUACGAUCACAAUAUGCGCUGAUUGCUUGAGUCAAGGCAUGGAAGACGUUUGGUGGCAACCUGGUGUAGCUGUGUACUACUGCUGGAUCAAUACUAUCAAUUGGUCAGCAAUGAUUUACUAUUAUGGACCUAUAUUGCUCACAAUUGUUAUCAACCUAACACUCUCCACCGUUACCGCAAGGCACAUAUAUGUAGAAACCAGAGAGAACGCCAAAGAGUGGAACAAUUCGGAGAGUAAAAAGACUUUAAGGAAUAAAUCUGAUUUUGUGAUGUUUUUCCGAAUGUUUGUCAUUGCGGGAGUAGUCUGGGGACUUGAAGUUGUUUCCUAUUUAUUUGAAAUAACUUCUGAAAACCUUAUACGUGAUGUCUUUGAUAUAAUAACAACUGGACAAGGAUUAAUACUGUUUUUCGUUACCAUCUGGAAGAAAGACAUUAUAAAGGCUCUAUAUAAGAGAUUGGACUCAAAAACAAGUCAAAGUAAAAGUCAAAGCAGCAACAGUGAAAACAACGCCACAACAACUUCCAGCUAGUUUGGCAACUCUUAAUUCAUUUUGCAAAAUUGUUUCUGAAAUUAUUUUUGCACAUGUAGAUUCAUAUAUUAAAAUAUGUAUGAGGUCACUGUCCAUACGAAUUAUGAGUUUCUAAAACCAUAUCGCUGAAGUUUCUAUAAAUGC